CGUACUCAUUUUCUUCGUUGUGCUUUUAUUUUUGUGAUCUAUAAUUUAUAAUAACUCAAGGUAAAUGUUGCAAUACAUAAUACAUACCUAUACCAUCCUAACUUAUAACUUGGCGAAUGUUAUACAGCUUAACACAGGAAAAACAAUUUCAAUUAAAGUGAUGGUUCCUGAAAUCUUUAUUACACAGUUUAUCUUAUCUCACCCUCCUGUACGUGUUUUGUAUGUUGGUCCAUUCUGACAAUUGUGUUCUCUGUUCAUCGUGUUGUGUUGUCGCAUUUCUAAGUAGGAACAUACACUUUUAAUCUUUCACUUUUGUUAAAAAAAAAAUAUGUAUGGAGAUAUUAGGAGGAAGCUGCGCAGGGCUUGAAUACUGUCAGCUUGACGGCAGUGUCCAACACCGCCCACCAGUUUCUCUGAAGAAGACUUCCGGUGGUGUGUCAUGGCGGUGGCAUGGUGAAUCCAAGAGAAAAGGAAAAAUACUCGCCGCUCUGCUCCUCUCCUGACUAGUCGGAGCGCAUUUUCAUGCGGAAAUAAACGUGUCGGCGGCGGCCUCGCACCUCGGAUUAGUCAGCGCUGCGCUGCCGUUUCCCUCCGCCCGGCCAUGGCGGCUCAUAAACCCGUGGAGUGGGUCCAGGCCGUGAUUACUAGAUUUGAUGAGCAGCUUCCCAUCAAAGUUGGUCACCAGAACACUCACACCAAAAUCAGCACAGAGCACAACAAGGAAUGUCUGAUCAACAUCUCCAAGUACAAGUUCUCCCUGGUCAUCAGUGGUCUCACUACAAUCCUCAAAAAUGUCAACAACAUGCGGAUAUUUGGAGAAGCUUCCGAGAAGAACCUCUACCUCUCUCAGCUCAUCAUCUUAGACACACUGGAGAAAUGCCUGGCUGGGCAAUCUAAGGACUGCCUGCGUCUGGAUGAGACCAUGCUGGUCAAACAGCUGCUGCCGGAGAUCUGCCAUUUUAUUCACACGUACCGCGAAGGCCACCACCACGCUGCUGAACUCAGGGCCUCGGCCUCAGCCGUCCUGUUCUCUCUGAGCUGCAACAACUUCAACGCCGUCUUCAGCCGUAUCUCCACCAGGCUCCAGGAGCUGACGGUGUGUUCUGAGGACAACGUGGACGUCCACGACAUCGAGCUGAUGCAGUACAUCAACGUUGACUGCUCCAAGCUAAGGAGGCUGCUGCAAGAAACUGUGUUGAAGUUCAGAGCUCUGAAGAAGCCUGCUCAGCUCGCAGUCAUCAAUAGUUUAGAAAAGGCAUUUUGGAACUGGGUGGAGAAUUAUCCAGAUGAGUUCACUAUGCUGUACCAGCGACCACAGGCUGACAUGGCAGAAGCAGCAGAGAAGUUGUUUGAUCUGGUGGACAGCUUUGCAGAAAGCACCAAAAGAAAAGCAGCUGUGUGGCCACUGCAGAUCAUCCUCCUCAUCCUCUGUCCAGAGAUCACACACACCAUCUCCAAAGACACUGUGGAGGACAGCAAAGCCAACAAGAAACUUUUUCUGGACAGUUUGAGAAAAGCUUUGUCAGGUCAGGGCGGCAGCAAGCAGCUGAUGGAGAGCGCUGCCAUCGCCUGUGUCAAACUGUGUAAAGCGUCCACCUACAUCAACUGGGAGGAUCACUCCACCAUCUUUCUGCUGGUCCAGUCCAUUGUCAUGGAUCUAAAGACUCUGUUGUUCAAUCCGGCCAAGCCUUUCUGGAGGGCAACAGGCAGCCAGAAUGCUGAUGUGGAGCUGAUGAUGGACUGCUUUGUCUCCUGUUUUCGCAUCAAUCCUCAUAACAACCAGCACUUUAAGGUCUGUUUGGCCUCCUCGUCCCCUUCCACCUUUCACUUUGUCCUUGUCAACUCAUUGCACAGAAUAAUCACUAACUCUCACCUUGACUGGUGGCCCAAGAUCGACGCAGUGUACUGCUACUCCGGAGAGCUGCGCUUUAUGUUCUCAGACACACUCAACCGGGUGGUGCAAGGCGUGGGAACUCAUGCUCCACUACGUAUGACACCGAGUUUGACGUUCAAAGGGAAGAUGACCACCAGCCUUAAGUUCAAAGAGAAAGCCACAGACCUGGACACUCGAAACUACAAGUGCCUCCUCCUCGCGUUGGUCAAACUCAUCCAUGCAGACCCUAAACUCCUGUUGCAUAAUCCAGUCAAACAGGCUCCAGAGAUGCAAAGCAGCACAGCAGAGCUCAUCACUGGCCUGGUGCAGCUAGUGCCUCUAACCAACACCACCCAACUCUCACAAGAAGCCAUGGAGGCUCUGUUGGUUCUUCACCAGCCAGAGACCAUAGAGCUGUGGAACCCUGAAACCCCAAUAGAGACUUUUUGGGACAUCAGUUCACAGGUGCUUUUCCUCGUCUGCCGUAAGCUGAUUAGCCAGCAGCUGGCUAAUGGGACAGAAGUUCUAAAAUGGCUGAGGGAGAUCCUCAUCUGUAGGAACAAGUUUUUGUUAAAGAACAAGGUACGGAGCUGUUCCAAAAUACCAUUAACAACCCAGACACAACUGUGUGUCCACCUCAGCCUUCCUGCCUGUGGAUUUAAUGCAUGUGUGUGUGUUUUUACCUCAUCGUUCCAGGAGUGUGCCACGAUGGGUGGUGGGAUCCCCAUCUGCAGGCAGGCGCAGACCAAGCUGGAGGUUUGUCUUUACAUGUUCCUGUGGAGUCCAGACACCGAGGCGGUGCUCGUGGCCAUGUCGUGUUUUCGACACCUUUGUGAGGAGGCGGACAUCCGAAGCGCUGCUGACGAAGUGCCUGUCCAGAACAUUCUGCCAAACUACGCCACCUUCAGUGAAUUCGCCUCCGUUAGCAACAUGAUGGGAACAGGGAGAUCCACCUUACAGAAGAGGGUGAUGGCCUUAUUGAGGAGGAUAGAGCACCCCACGCCUGGAAACAUUGAUGCUUGGGAGGACGCAUGUACUAAAUGGGAUCUGGCCACAAAACAGAUUCUCAACUGUCCCAAAAACAAGGCUGAUGACGGGCAGCAGGAAUGGAUCAACAUUACGGGCUUUCUCUGUGCACUGGGCGGCGUCUGCCUCCAGCAGCGUAGCACCCCAGGCCCGGCAACUUACAGCCCACCAAUGGGCCCCAUGAGCGAGCGCAAGCACUCCAUGAUCUCCAUGGGCCCCUGCGACAUGUCCAAUCCCAUGGCUUCAGCUUCAUCCUGCUCCUCAUCUGCGUCCAGCGAGACGCCCGUCAGCCGCUUCUUGGACCGCCUGCUGGGUCUGCUCGUGUGCGGCCACGACAGGGUCGGGCUCCAUGUGCGCACCAAUGUCAAAGACCUGUUGGGUCUGGAGCUCAGCCCCGCUCUGUACCCCAUGCUUUUCAACAAGUUGAGGAACAGCAUCGGAAAGUUCUUUGACACACAGGGUCCGGUUCCUAUCAACGACACAAACACUCAGUUUGUGGAGCAGACCAUAGCCAUCAUGAAGAAUCUGCUGGACAACCACACAGAAGGCAGCUCCGAGCACCUGGGACAGGCCAGCAUCGAGACGAUGAUGCUCAACCUGGUCAGGUAUGUACGCAUCCUGGGCAACAUGGUCCAUGCCAUCCAGAUUAAAACCAAACUGUGCCAAUUGGUGGAGGUCAUGAUGGAGAGAAGAGAUGACCUUUCCUUCUGCCAAGAGAUGAAGUUUAGGAACAAGAUGGUGGAGUAUCAGACAGACUGGGUGAUGGGGACAUCAAAUCAAGCAGCUGACGAUGACAUCAAAUGUCUCACCAGAGACCUGGAUCAGGCCAGUAUGGAGGCAGUGGUGUCUCUCUUAGCUGGUCUUCCUCUGCAGCCAGAGGAGGGCGAUGGGGUUGAACUGAUGGAGGCCAAAUCUCAGCUUUUCCUCAAGUACUUCACCUUGUUCAUGAACUUGCUCAAUGACUGCAGUGAAGUGGAAGAUGAGGGCCAGGCAGUGGGGGGCAGAAAGAGAGGAAUGUCCCGGCGUCUUGCCUCCCUGCGUCACUGCACCGUGCUGGCCAUGUCCAACCUGCUCAACGCUAACGUGGACAGCGGCCUCAUGCACUCGAUCGGCUUGGGCUACCACAAAGACCUGCAGACCAGAGCCACCUUCAUGGAGGUGUUGACCAAGAUCCUGCAGCAGGGAACGGAGUUUGACACCCUGGCAGAGACGGUGUUGGCUGACCGCUUUGAGAGACUGGUGGAAUUGGUCACCAUGAUGGGAGACCAAGGAGAGCUACCCAUCGCCAUGGCUUUGGCCAACGUGGUUCCUGGGUCUCAGUGGGAUGAGUUGGCUCGGGUGUUGGUGACGCUCUUUGAUUCUCGUCACCUCCUCUACCAGCUGCUGUGGAACAUGUUCUCCAAGGAAGUGGAGCUGGCCGACUCCAUGCAAACACUCUUCAGAGGAAACAGCCUGGCCAGUAAAAUAAUGACCUUCUGUUUUAAGGUGUACGGUGCGGCAUAUCUGCAAAAGCUUCUGGAGCCUUUAUUGAGAGGCGUCAUCACCACUCCUGAACACAUCAGCUUUGAGGUGGACCCCACCCGGCUGGAACAGGGUGAGAACCUGGAGGAGAACCAGCGGAACCUCCUGCAGAUCACCGAGCGCUUCUUCCAGGCCAUCAUUGGUUCGUCCAGCGAAUUUCCACCCCAGCUGCGCAGCGUCUGCCACUGUCUCUACCAGGCUACUUGCCACUCUCUUCUGAAUAAAGCAACAGUAAAAGAAAAAAAGGAAAACAAAAAAGCAGUGGUGAGUCAGCGGUUCCCACAGAACAGCAUCGGUGCAGUUGGCAGCGCCAUGUUUCUGCGUUUUGUCAACCCAGCGAUUGUGUCACCGUACGAGGCUGGAAUCUUGGACAAGAAGCCCCUGCCCAGAAUAGAGCGAGGCCUCAAGCUCAUGUCCAAGAUUUUGCAGAGCAUCGCUAACCAUGUGUUGUUUACGAAAGAAGAACACAUGAGGCCUUUCAAUGACUUCGUGAAGAGCAACUUUGAUUCGGCCAGAAGGUUUUUCUUAGACAUCGCUUCCGACUCCCCGCCGAGUGACACCGUCAACCACAGUCUCUCCUUCAUCAGCGAUGGCAACGUUCUCGCCCUUCACCGCCUUCUGUGGAACAACCAGGAGAGGAUCGGCCAAUACCUGUCCAGCAACAGGGACCACAAGGCUGUUGGCAGGCGACCCUUUGACAAGAUGGCAACCCUGCUGGCCUAUCUGGGACCGCCUGAGCACAAACCUGUGGCUGACACUCACUGGUCCAGUCUGAAUCUGACCAGCUCAAAAUUUGAAGAGUUCAUGACCCGACACCAAGUCCAUGAAAAGGAGGAGUUCAAAGCCUUGAAGACCCUGAACAUCUUCUACCAGGCAGGAACCUCCAAGACUGGAAACCCCGUUUUCUACUAUGUGGCCCGCAGGUUCAAAACGGGACAGAUCAACGGUGACCUGCUCAUCUACCACGUCCUCCUCACCCUCAAACCAUACUACGCCAAGCCGUACGAGAUAGUCGUCGACCUGACCCACGUGGGACCGAGCAAUCGCUUCAAGACCGACUUCCUGUCCAAGUGGUUUGUGGUCUUUCCUGGUUUCGCCUACGAGAACGUAGCAGCCGUUUACGUCUACAACUGCAACACGUGGGUACGAGAGUACACCAAGUAUCACGAGCGGCUCCUGACCGGCUUGAAGGGCAGCAAACGUCUGCAGUUCAUUGAUUCUCCAACCAAACUGGCUGAACACAUCGAACCCGACCAGCAGAAGCUGCCUGCUGCCACACUGACUUUGGAGGAAGAUCUUAAGGUUUUCCAUAAUGCUCUGAAGCUGGCCCACAAAGAUACCAAGGUCUCAAUAAAGGUCGGAUCAACGGCUGUUCAGGUGACCUCAGCCGAACGCACACGUGUCCUCGGUCAGCCGGUCUUCCUCAAUGACGUCUACUACGCCUCGGAGAUCGAGGAGAUUUGCCUGGUGGACGAGAGCCAGUUUACUUUAACCAUGGCCAAUCAGGGCACGCCUCUGACAUUCAUGCACCAGGAGUGCGACACCAUCGUCCAGUCCAUCAUCCACAUCCGUACACGCUGGGAGCUGUCCCAGCCAGAUUCUAUACCGCAGCACACCAAAAUCCGUCCUAAAGACGUUCCUGGCACUCUGCUGAACAUCGCCUUGCUCAAUCUCGGCAGCUCUGACCCCAGUCUCAGGUCUGCAGCCUACAAUCUGUUGUGUGCUUUGACCUGCACCUUCAACCUCAAGAUAGAGGGCCAGUUACUGGAAACGUCGGGCCUCUGUAUUCCAGCAAACAACACCCUGUUCAUAGUCUCCAUCAGUAAGACGCUUGCUGCCAAUGAGCCUCAUCUGACGCUGGAGUUUCUGGAGGAGUGCAUUUCGGGCUUCAGCAAGUCCAGUAUUGAACUGAAACACCUGUGCCUGGAGUACAUGACUCCCUGGUUGCUGAACCUGGUUCGCUUCUGUAAGCACAACGACGAUGCCAAGCGUCAGCGCGUCACGGCCAUUUUGGACAAACUCAUCACCAUGACCAUCAAUGAGAAGCAGAUGUAUCCAUCCAUCCAGGCCAAAAUCUGGGGAAGCCUGGGCCAGAUCACAGACCUGUUGGAUGUGGUGUUGGACAGCUUCAUUAAGACCAGCGCCACAGGAGGCCUGGGCUCCAUCAAAGCAGAGGUGAUGGCUGAUACGGCAGUAGCUCUGGCUUCAGGGAAUGUUAAACUGGUCUCCAGUAAGGUGAUUGGUCGAAUGUGCAAGAUCAUAGACAAAACUUGCCUGUCGCCGACGCCCACACUGGAGCAGCACCUCAUGUGGGACGACAUCGCCAUCUUGGCGCGCUACAUGCUCAUGCUUUCCUUCAACAACUCCCUGGACGUGGCCGCCCACCUGCCUUACCUCUUCCACGUGGUGACCCUGCUGGUCGCCACCGGGCCACUGUCGCUUCGGGCUUCCACCCACGGCUUGGUGAUCAACAUAAUCCACUCCCUGUGCACCUGCUCUCAGCUGAACUUCAGUGAGGAAACGAAGCAGGUCCUGAGGCUGAGCCUCACCGAAUUCUCCCUGCCAAAGUUUUACCUGCUCUUCGGCAUCAGUAAAGUCAAGUCAGCCGCGGUCAUCGCUUUCCGCUCCAGCUACAGAGACCGUUCCUUUUCGCCGGGCUCCUACGAGAGGGAGACAUUCGCUCUGUCCUCCCUGGAAACUGUCACAGAGGCAUUACUGGAGAUCAUGGAGGCCUGCAUGAGAGACAUCCCAUCAUGCAAGUGGCUGGACCAGUGGACAGAGCUUGCACAGAAGUUUGCUUUCCAGUACAACCCUUCACUUCAGCCCAGAGCCCUGGUGGUGUUUGGAUGCAUCAGUAAGAGAGUGAGCCAUGGUCAGAUCAAGCAGAUCAUCAGGAUCCUCAGCAAGGCCAGCCCUCUGCUGAGCAUAGACAGAGGCCUGGAGAGCUGCCUGAAAGGACCGGACAAUUACAACAGUCAAGUGUUGAUAGAAGCCACAGUCAUCGCUUUAACCAAGCUUCAGCCUCUGCUCAGCAAGGAAUCCCCGAUGCAUAAAGCUCUGUUCUGGGUGGCGGUGGCUGUGCUGCAGCUGGAUGAGGUCAACCUGUACUCUGCUGGCACCGCCCUCCUGGAGCAGAACCUCCACACUCUGGACACGAUGCGCAUCUUCAACGACAAGAGUCCAGAGGAAGUCUUCAUGGAGAUCCGGCGCCCUCUAGAGUGGCACUGUAAGCAGAUGGAUCACUUCGUGGGCCUGAAUUUUAUUGCUAAUUUUAAUUUCGCCUUGGUUGGCCACCUGCUCAAAGGUGAGGCGCGCUCGGUUUACUGUGUUUGUUCAAGAGGCAAAUUUCAUGAAGCGCUGCUCACCGUGUCUGAGGAGGUGCGGAGUCGUUGCAGUCUGAAACACAGGAAGUCACUUCUCAUCUCUGACCUGUCCAUGGACCCGGUUCCCAUGGAAACCUACUCCAGUCACAUUACUGACCCCAGCUGCAGAACCCUGAGAGAGACUCAGCCCUGGACUUCACCGCAGGUUUCGGACCGCUACCUGUCAGCCCACCCCUACCCCACAGUGGGCCAGAUCAGUCCACGGACACGGAAGUCCAUGAGUCUUGACAUGGGUCAGCCCUCACAGGCCAACACCAAGAAGCUUCUGGGCACCAGGAAGAGUUUUGAUCAUCUCAUAUCGGACUCCAAAGCACCAAAGAGACCAGAGAUGGAGUCGGGGAUGACCACUCCUCCUAAGAUGAGGCGCGUCGCAGAAAACGACUACGAGAUCGAGACGCCCAGAAUGGGGAACUCACACCUGCGUAAGGUCUCAGUGUCGGAGUCCAACGUCCUGCUGGACGAGGAGGUUUUGACUGAUCCAAAGAUCCAGGCUCUGCUGCUCACUGUGCUGGCCACACAGGUCAAAUACACUACUGACGACUUUGACCAGAGGAUUCUGUACGAGUACUUGGCCGAAGCUAGCGUCGUCUUUCCAAAGGUUUUCCCUGUCGUCCACAACCUGCUGGACUCAAAGAUCAACACAGUGCUGUCAAUGUGCCAAGACACCAACCUCCUUAACCCGGUCCACGGCAUCGUCCAGAGUGUUGUCUACCACGAAGAGUCCCCGCCUCAGUACCAGCCGUCCUACUUACAGACCUUUGGGUUUAAUGGACUCUGGAGGUUUGCUGGACCGUUCUCUAAGCAAACACAGAUACCGGACUACGCCGAGCUGAUCGUUAAGUUCCUGGAGGCGCUGAUCGACAGCUACCUCCCAGCCGCUGAGGAGGAGCGAGGGGAGGAGCAGAUGAGGACGCCCACCUCCCCUUACCCACCCACCAGUCAGAGCCAACUGAGCAUAACUGCCAACCUCAACCUGUCCAACUCCAUGACAUCGCUGGCCACGUCACAGCACACGCCAGGUGUGGACAAGGAGAACGUUCAGCUGUCCCCAAGCUCUGCACUGUCCAGCGGGGGGCGCACUCGCCACGGUUCAGCCAGUCAGGUCCAGAAGCAGCGCAGUUCCGGCAGCUUCAAGAGACCCAGCAUUAAGAAAAUUGUGUGAUCACUCGGCAGGCGAUGUCCCACAAUGCACCACUGAUCUGCUCCACCUCCAGGGUACCAGGCCUCAUGCUGCACUCAACUUUGUUAAGGUUUCCUCCACUUCAAGCUGUGUUGCUUUAGCUGGAGAAGAUGUUCUUCUGUGUUCGGGAAAUCGGGGAGAAAUGAUCCAACUUGGAAUAGCGUGCUUCUUGGGAAUGGUUCGUGUUAGCCAUUGGAUGGAUGGAGAAGUUUCUGGAAGGUUAGGUUUGUUUUUGUUUUUAUUCUUCUUCUUAAUAUUGAAGCUACUCAUCAUACGUCAAAACGAGACUUUUGGGAAUUCUUCUGGAAAUAAAAGUUGAGUUUUUGGACUGCUCACACAUCCUCUGGACUUCCUCAUGACUUAAAACACUCCUGGUCAGUGAGAUGGACCAAAUGACAGUAGCAGCAGCAGCAGCGAUGGCGGCGGCGACAGUGGUGGAUCAGUGGGUCGGGGGCCCUCACCCUGCUCUCCCACUCUUGUACAUAUUUUACAUAUACAGAUAAUGUAUAACCAGUCCUUAGUGCUAAUUUGGAUGUUAAUGUUUUCUCCAUGGUGUGCCUUUGUCAGGGUUUUUUCAGUGUGUACAAUUUGUAAAGUUAAAAGUGGAAC